ACAACAGGCAGAAACAAUACUUAUGUGUUUGAUAUACAUUUCAAUAAUGAAUUACAUAGAUUUUGAGAAUAAAUUAUUUCAUGAGAUUCUUAAAAAGACGGCACAAUUGUCGGAGUAAUAGAUUGUACCUGUGAUGAUAUGGCAGUACAAUCUUGGAGACCAACUCAGUUUCAAGAAAAGUAUGGAGUAGCUGUUUACAAUUAUCAAUCAGCUAUACAGUAUGGUUUAUCCCUAAGAAUUGGCGAAACAGUUCAAAUAUCUGAAGAAACUAAAGAAUGGUAUAAAGGAUGGUUGAUGAAGGACCCUUCUAGAAAGGGAAUCUUUCCAAAAAACUGUAUUGCAUUAAAGGAAUCAAUUCUGAGUAAUCCUGGUCCCUAUGAAGUUGUUCUUCCAAUUACGGAACCAAUUGUUGAAGAAGUUACUGCUGUAUUAGCUGAAUGGGUUAAAAUCUGGAAAGAUUUUUAUUUAGAAAGAAAGUUCAAUAUGUUUACUAUGUUAAGAAAAGCUAUGCAUCUGCUUAUGGAGUAUAGGAGGGAAAUUAUUUGUGGAAAAUUAACAAAGGAGCAACAGCAUGAGGUGAAAUCUCAAAUUACAAAUCAAAUUGAUCUGGUUAACAGUAAACUUGGUUUGGAUUUAGUUCCUCGAAUUGAUGGAGAUAUAGUUGAUUCAGAUUCAAAAAGUGUCAUAGAGUUUUAUGCUAUACAUGUGAAGUGCGCUGAUAUGAUAGCCGAAAUGCAAAAUACUCAAAUUUCUAUGCCAUCAAGAAGUUUAUCAAAAACAUCGACAAUAAAAAAAAUUGCUCACAAUGGAAGUCUAGUUGCUCAUAUUUAUUUUACAUAUAAAAAUUUAAAUUUUAAUAUUUCUGAUGCAGCUUUUUUAAUGUUUGGUCUUUAUGAACCAGCUACAAGUACUUAUAUUAGUGAAAUUUUUAUGGUAAAACUGAAGUUUGGUAUGCCAAUUAAUGUUGAGUUUCUUGGAAAAGACCAUGCAAUAUUUUCAGAAGUAAAAUCUGCAGACCUUCUUAAAGAUAUUUACUUGGUUUGUAAAAUAUAUAGAGAAGGAAAAUUGGUUGCUGAUUCAAAAAAAGCUUCUAAUGCAAUAUACAGAAGACCAUUUGGCGUCGGAGUAUUGGAGUUAACUGGCUUGCUAAGUGAAGAGUUUGAAGAUGAAAGGGAAUCUGCUAUUCAAAUCUUUAAUUGCAGUGAAGCAGAUUUUCAUAUGGCUGAAGAAUGUAUUAUCAAAAAACAAGCAGGAAAGUUUAACACAUUUGGUUCAAGCCAUUACAGUGUUUUUAUUGGGUUGAAGAAAAUAUUUUGUGACGUAGAAAAGAUAAAUGAAAAGAUUGGUUCCAUCUUGGUCCCAAGGUUAGGAUUUCCUGAUGUUAUUCUUCCAGGUUAUGUACGAAAUGAUUUCUUCGUAACAUUAUUCAAAGCAGACUUUGAUAAAGGUUCGAAGUCAUCUGGAAAAAAUAUUGAGGUUGCCAUGUGUGUAGUUUCUGAAACAGGACAAGUCUUCAAUGAUUGUAUGUAUAUUGGGUGUGGUAGCGAAGCAGUUUCAGAGUAUCAUUCAUUUGUAUUAUAUCAUGCAAAUACUCCUUAUUGGAAUGAAACUAUCAAGAUAACAUUACCAAGUGAGCAGUUUCAAAAUGCUCAUUUAAGGUUUACAUUUAGCCAUUGUUCUCGUAAUGAAGGAAAAAUGAAAGGAGAAAGAAUGUUUGGUUUUUCAUUUAUAAAACUUUUACAAGAAGAUAAAACAGUCAUACCUGACAGUUCAUAUGGAUUGUUUAUAUAUAAGUUUGAUAACUCUAUCAACUUUACACAAGUUCGAACCUACCUUCGAUUACCUGCUACUCAAGCUGAAUUAUCAAAACAAGAAGAAAGUGGUGUUGUAUUUGCAGGACCACACAGAAAUUCCAAAGAGAGCUUAACAAUAAAGACAUGUUUGUGUUCCACAAAGCUCACUCAGAAUUCUAAUAUUCAGUAUUUACUACGCUGGAGAAUAAAAUCAAAUGAUGAAAUUAAAGAAGCACUUGAUGGUUUGUUGCAGAUUUCUCCUAAUGAAAUUGUUAAGUUUCUACAAGAUGUAUUCGAUGCUUUAUUCAAGAUUUUAUCUGAAAAACCAGCUGACUUUUCUCUUCCUGUUUUUAAAGCAAUAGUCUCAAUCACAAAAAUAGUUGAGUUGCGUAAAUUUGAGUUAUUUAAGUCAACUAUGACAACAUACAUAGAAUGUCAUUUUAGUGCAGCUCUUGUGUACAGGUCACUAGCAGAUUGCCUGUGUUUAGUAGUGAAACAGCGCACUGUGGCUGAUAUGAAAUCAACUUUUGUGAAUGCUAUGCAGAGUUUGCGUUACAUUAUUAAAAUGAUUGCUCGAUCACACCACUUACAUAUGAGCACGAAAAAUACAAAUACAGAAGUUAUUGUGGAUUUAAAAGAUGUGUUCAAAAAAAUAUUCCAAACUAUAAACGAGUUCAUGACGAAUGAAAAAGAAGAAGAUAAUGAAUCAAAGAUUGAUGUAUUGCGAAAUAUUCCUGAACUUUGUGAUGAUGUACUUAAAGUAUUCACUGAAUCUGAAUUCAGCCAAGAUGUUAAACAGAUGGUGGCGAAUUUGCCGAAACAAUUAAGUUCUAGUUAUCAAAAAAAAAAGUUGUCAAGUCUGCAAAAUAUUGUUGGUAGUAGGCUGUUUGGUAAUAAAGAUGGUCGAGCACACUUGCUACCAGCCAUCUUAACAUAUCUAAGCUAUUUAAUAAAUAAAAAGCAUGAGCUUGCAUCUUGUUUGGAACUGUUAGGUACAAUUACAACACUAUUGCAACAUGGAAACCACAGAAACCCAGAAGACAUAUUUAAUGAUGUUUCAAUGCUGAUAUCUUCAAUGUUAGGACCAGUUUUAAAUGUGCUGCUUACUAUUGAAAGGAAAGGUCAACUUACUGCUUUAACAGUUUCCUGCCUCUUUGGAAUCUUAAAGUUAAUGAAUGAGCGCCAUUUCCAGCUGCAUGUUGACACUUUUCAAAAUAAAAAUGAUCUCAGAGAUUUUUUAAAAAAAUUGACUGUAGCGUUUAAAGAAUUGCUCACAAUGGAAAUUUAUCCUAAAGAUUGGUUUCUUCUAAAAACUGUUGGGAAUAAUGUGAUGCUUUCAACCAUUCAAUAUUUUUCAAAGGUUUACAUAGAUAACUUUCUCCAAGGUGAUAAUUUCCAAUUGCAGUUAUGGCUCAACUACUUCCAACUUGGUGUAUUGUUUUUAAAACAACCAUCUUUAUAUUUGGAAUCUUUUUCUACAUCUAAAAGAGAAAAGAUGAUUUCAAGGUAUGGUGAUAUGAGACUCAUAAUGGCAUUUGAAAUUUUAGACAUGUGGGAUUUGUUAGGUGAUAAGAAAAAACUUUUUAUACCAAAUUUGAUUGGACCAUUUCUGGAAAUGUCAUUGGUACCUGAACCAGAACUUAGGAAGGCUACCAUACCUGUGUUUUAUGAUAUGAUGAAGGUGGAAUAUUUUUUAGGGUCUUCAUUUAAAAAGGUUGAAUCAGAGUUCAUUGAAAAACUAGAAUUACUUUCAAAUCAAAAUAAAGGCGAUCUGGAGUUUCAGAUAAUGUUCAAUGAAAUUAUGACAGAAAAGUUUAAUUCAUCUGGAAAUUCCACUUUUCAAGCUGAGGGGUUAAAGUCAGUUAACUCUAUCACAGAACUUUUGCAGCGUUUACUUGACUAUAGAGAAACAAAAGACGAUGAGAUAAACGCCGCACAAAAAAUGAUGUGUACUGUUCGGCUGCUUGAAUUUUAUAAAGAACUUGGUAGAAUAGAUAUGUACAUUCGCAACAUUCACAAGCUUGUAAAACUUCAUUUAUCAUGUAGUAACUUCACUGAGGCUGGUUUUACACUUCUCUUGCAUGCUUCAUUAUUAGAAUGGUCAGACAAAGAACUACCUGCAUUUUUAAGCUAUCCGAUUCAGAGGGAAGAGCAACGCAAAGAGCAAAUUUAUUUGGAGAUAAUUGAAUUUUUUGACAAGGGCAAGAUGUGGGAGUCUGGCAUACGUUUAUGUAAAGAGCUAGCAGUACAGUAUGAGAGUGGUUUGUUUGACUAUGUUAAACUUAGUGAAAUACUGCGACGACAGGCUUACUUCUAUGAUUGUAUCAUGCAGCAAAUGAGACCUGCUCCAACAUAUUUUAGAGUUUCCUUCUUUGGUCGAGGAUUCCCCCAUUAUUUAAAAGAUCAAGUUCUUAUCUUUCGAGGACUGGAGCUUGAAACAUUAGCUGGUUUUACAGCUAGAAUUAAUCUUGAAUUUCCCAGUGCUGAGAUUAUGUCAAAUAAUGCUCCUCCUGAGGCUUCUAUUGUUCAAGGAAUUGGACAGCAUAUUCAAAUUUGUACAGUGAUGCCUGUGCCUGGUGAAAUUCAAAUGUUUGAAAAUAAUUUAGUUAAUGAAAAAAUAUCAUGCUACUAUAAAUUCAAUGAGGUUGAAGAAUUUGUUUUCUCCAGACCAUUCCACAAAGGUGAAAAGGACCGCAGUAACGAGUUUAAGACACUGUGGUUAGAAAGAACGAUCCACUGGACAAGUCGAAAAUUUCCGAGCAUAUUAAAAUGGAGUACUAUUGAAUCAGUCAGAAAGGUUGAACUUACUCCUUUAGAAAAUGCUAUUGAAUCUAUCAUAUCUAAAAAUAAGGAACUUAUUGAAAUAAUUGAUGAAUAUCAAUCAGAUAGUUCUUUAAAUUUGAAUCGCUUAAGUAUGGUUCUAAAUGGUGUAAUUGAUGCAAAUGUUAAUGGAGGCAUUGCUAAUUACCAGAAUGCAUUUCUGAGCAAUCAAUAUUUGUUUUUUCACCCAGAACAUGAGUAUACUGUGCAACAACUAAAGAAUCAUCUUUAUGAUCAGACAAAAAUUGUUCAGCAAGGGUUAGAAAUACACGAAAGUUUUGUUAGUGAAUCCCUAAAACCUUUUCAUGACAAAAUGUUUAUGAUGUUCACAGCAAUGAAAGCAAGUCUUGAAACUGGCGAAUCAAUGGAGAAAAUUUUAAGUCGCCCUAACACUCUUCAUAUAAGCAGUAGUUUUAAUUCUGAUCGCAAUAAUCAAAAAGUAUCUCCUUUGAGUAAUCGCUCGCCUUUGAAAUCUUCUUCACUUAUGAUAGAUUUCAAAAAAAAACAGUUUAAAAAGUCUACAUCUCUUCAAACAAUGUUCCGACGUGAGAGCUCUGCUGUGGAUAAUUCUGAGCAUUUUCCAAUGGAAAAUCUCUCAAAGAAGUUAAGUCUAGGGUUCCUUCAACCACCACUGCCGCCGAGAAAAAAUACAGCAGUAUCUCCUGUUGCAGAGGAUUUUUUAACUGAGAUUCCGAAUAAUAUUCCAUUACCCGCUCUUAAGAGGCUAGGAUUAAGAGACGUAGAAUCAGUGUCUGCUCCUAACCUAAAUCACAUUGAAGAAGAAGUUGGUCCGUCAUUACCCCCUAAACGUUAUUCUAUAUUAAAGGAAAAUUCGUCAGAUGGAAGUGUUUCAACCAACACAUGCAUCCAACAUAGUACAUCAAGCAACUCGCUUAACCAGCAGUUAUCCGGUUUUGAGAUAAAUAGUGAACCGAUAGGUAAAAUUCUUGCACCUCAAAUCGAAAAAAACGACACUAACAAUUUAAUUCCUCGAAAAACUCGAUCACUAACUGCCUCCGUUAGCGAUAAUUUGAAUGGCGAUGAAGAUGUUUUUGUAAAUAACGUUUCUUUAGGUUCUCUGUAUGAAGAAAUAAAAACCGAACUUUUUAUUAAAAAUAGACAUCGACAUUUGUCGUCUAAGUCAGAUAAAACCUAUAAUGAGGUUUCUAAGGCUUUUACAAGUGACGACUUACCUUGUACUGCCACUAGUGAUAAACCAGUUUCACCCUUUAGAGUUCAAAAUUCCAAAACCAUUUCUAAUGAUAUCUUAAAUACACCUCCAUUACCUGCAAAAUUAUCAAAAACGCGAAAUGGAGAUGGUUUAACUUUUUUAUAAUUAAAUCUAAAAGUUUCUUUUCAAUGUUUCUUGUUUCUAAUUUUUUUUACUUUUUUUAUGUAAUAUUUUCUUGUUUUUGUUGUCU